UAAUUUAUAACUUUUUGCUUUUACCGAGUUCAAAGGCAUAUAAUUCUGCGCAUGCGUCAAUUUUCUAAAUAUUGAAUGAUCGACUGUGUAUACCAUACCGAAGCACGUUUCGGAGAUAUAAAGUUGAGGUUAACUUUUGGAUUUGUUAGAGAACUACAUCAAUCCGUUAGGAGAAUGUAUCUAAUGUAUUAUUUAAAUGAAAAUGGAGAUCGUGUAUACACGUUAAAAAAACUUGAUCCAAAUGGAAAACCAACUAUGUCUGCGCAUCCUGCGAGGUUCUCUCCGGAAGACAAAUAUUCGAGAGAACGAAUUACGUUAAAGAGAAGAUAUGGUUUACUUCUAACUCAGGCCCCAAUGCCUGUAUACUAAUGCAUUAUUUCAAAUUAAAUAAGAUGAAGAUAUAUAUUAACGAAUUCAUUACGUUAAUAGAAAUAUAUUGCUUAUGUAUCUUAUCUUGCCUUCGAUACAUAUGGAAUGAAAAUUUCUUUUAAGAUUUAUAUCAAUAGAAUUAAAUGAUGCACUGUGUCAUAAUCGUGUUUAUACUGUAAUAUACAUCAUUGUUUCAUACAAAUGUCUUUUAUUUACAUUUAAUAUAUAGUUUGAUAUUAUAUAUAAAAAAAUAAACUUACUUUAUCGUACAGUAGUUUUGAUCAAAUAUAUGAUACAGCUUUGCUAGUAAACAGUGCGGAUGAAAAAGUGUAAAUUAAAUCAAAACAAUGUCAUAAGAAAAUAGAUAACCAAAACAAUAUGUGUGAUUAGAUGAUUGAAAUAAAUUUGAAAUACUCAUUUUAAUAUCUAA